ACGCACGGGAAACGGCAUUUUAGUUCAUUGUCUGGCCAAAGCAAGUUUAACAGCAAGCACGUGCGAAAAUUACAACCGAAAACCAGUAUUGCAUCGCAGCACAAUGCAGAUUGUAAUAACGCACUUCAAGAACCCACACAGGUUCUGGUACAAACAGUUCGGUGGGGGACCGCAGCGGCGGGAUAACAGGCAGUUUCAGGCGGACUUGGACGAUUACUGUGCCAACCACUACUCUGAGCUGGUUGGAAAGACUAGCGCGCGUUACGAACCGGUGCUCGGAGAGAUCGUAGCGGGUCUGGAUCCGAUCCAGGAUAAAUGGUUCCGAUGCCGUGUAGAUGGCAUCAGUGACGACGGUAGCGGCGUGCCUCAGAUGCGGCUGUGGGCAAUCGAUGAGGGAAUGCCCACACGCUUAAAUGCCGUCUAUUUGAUGGCGCUACCGGAGAAGUUUUCCUCGAAACCCACCACCGUGCGGUGUGGUGGCGUGAAGAACAUUCUGCCGGCAACGCAUCUGUUCGAUGCACAUGAAGAUCGACUGAGCAAGGGGUUCUCCCCAACGUGGGAUAAGUAUGUGAUUGGUGUCUUUAAGACAUUUCUGGAAGGCGCACAUCAAAUACUCCUGGAUAACAUCGUAACUUACACGGUCGGCCGAGAGGAAGUGAGCUUUGGGGAGCUGUCUGUUGUUACUCCGAAGCGAUCGACUGUGAGCGCGCAUAGCGUUCUGCUGGAGAUCGGAUUGGCACUUCAGGCGGACCCAAAAUCGUUUAUGAUAUUUAUGUCUGAACACCACGGAUCCGAAAGUAGCUACUGUUCUUCGGAGGUCAACGAAUCGAUAGUACAACCGAGCGCUUCAUUGAACGUGAUCAAAACGGAGUCGUUGGGAAAACAAAUGAAUACUACUGGGAAUGAAGUGAACGAGAACGAUUUCGAUGAAUCGGCCAGUAUGAUUGGAACACUCAAACCCAAAAACAAGAUACCAUUCAUUCCAGCCUCAUGUGUAGCGCACUAUCCGGAACCUGUGAAACAGAAGACCGCAGAGCGUAAUCAGAAAGAACAGCAAACCCUACAAAAAGCUCAUAACGCUGAGGAAGGUUGCGCGAAUGAUGGACUCCCCGUGAACUUUGAUCCUUCACUUCUUUCCAAUGGCUCCAUAAAACUGAAUGAACAACAACUGAAUUUUAUCAGUACAAUUGGGUCCGCCAAUAGCAACACGGUUGACCUAAACGCUUUACCAAUUAGUACAAUGAUAGACACUGGACCGGUUCCUGAAGCAGUUAGUGACCCCGUAGGAAAACCAAAGAGUAAAUUGAGGUCGAGGAUGGAAAACAUGAAAAAUAUGAAAAAGACGUUACAAACGAACGAAAGCAACGGUAAGCCACAGACGACCAAUUCUACGGCGACUAACCCUCAGCAAACGCAACCGAAUCAAAAUGAUCCACCGCCGACAGUCAGGCAAACGAAAGAAGUCGCCUCUGCACAAAAUAAGCCAAAGAGCAAUCAAAAGGCUGCAGCAACACCUACAGCGCAACAAACGGUUCCUAAAGCACAUGACCAGCCCAUCAACGUGCGCGUCGCUAAACCCAAUAAAAGGUUUGAGAAAGUUGUCGAUGAAGAGCAAUGGGUUCUGUCCCGUUUAAAGUACCAUCGUCUGCUGGUGCACGGUAAAUGCGCCACGAAGCCGAUAGACGCCAUUGAAAAUGCAAACUUUUGCUCUUACGUCCACCGGCAGCUACAGUUGUUACAAUUCACCACACUGUACCGAUUGCAGGCAUACGCUUGGCCCAACAUCAUGCGCGGAAAUUCUUUGGUCUGUGUUAAUGGGCCAAGGUCGGGCAAAACAUUCGCCUACAUACCAGCGGUCUGUUCAGUCGUGAAGAAUCUAAUCGAAGAGAAGCUCACUCCUGCCUGUGCUGGACCAGUCGGCAUCAUCAUCUGCCAUUCACCGCGUGAAGUGCAGCGGGUAGCAUGCUACUGCCGCACCAUGCUCAACACGGAAGUGAACCAUCAUUUGGCCGUCCACGACUGCUAUGCUAGACGCAGUGUGGAGAAAACCGCUAUGUUGUUGCUGAACUCCUGUGCUUUGCUUGUAACGACGGCUGCGUGCUACCAAGGGCUAUAUGAAGGCAUGAAGGAGGCCUUUUCCCGCGAACGCAUUAAGGUGGUGGUGAUCGACGAUCUGGAGGAAAUACUUCAACACUCGAGUUCCGCGCUUAAGUUACUGUUAACAAAAAACUACAAUCCCGACCUACAGAUGAUUAUAACGACUUGCUUGUGGAAUCCGAUACUGGCCUCUUUUGUGCAGCGCUACACAAAUAUGGUCGUCUGCAUCGGGGCGUACAUCGAGGCGGCGGUUUACGCGGGCGUCCAAUUCCGGCUGCACGUGCAGCACCACAAUCAGAAGCCAGUCGAAUUGAUUCGAUAUCUUAAGCAAUAUGACUACUGCAGAGAGCGGACGAUCGUGGUCGGUAAAAAUGAUGGCGAUCUCGAUGAGAUUGUAGAAGCCGCUACGCAAAAUUCGAUCAAUCACCUUGUCUACAACGAGCACACAAUGACCAUCAAGCUGGGCGGGUUUACGUCAUGGGAUAGUAAUCUUCCCGGUCAUAUGGUUCUGCUGAUCACCACCGAUUCAUUGUUGAGUGACUUAAAAGUAUCCAAAGCGCAGCACAUCAUCCACUACUCGCUGCCAGAAUCGUGGUCCACCUUCACGCGCCGUUUCGCUACUUCCUUCGGUUACUACGAUAGAGACCAACAAGAAGCUGCUAACAUGGCAGCGAACACUCUGCCGCGCACGCUUGUUCUACUGGAUGAGGAUAAUAAUCAGCAGCUACCGAAGUUGGUCAAUUUUUUGGAGCUUCACAAUGUGCCGAUCCCCCCAAAAAUUGCUGGCUUAGCGCAGAAAAUUCGCAGCUUAUUCGAACAAGCGAAGGCGGCCGACGGAACGGUACUGUUUGCACUCUGUCAGCAAGUGCUGCAGUUUGGCAGGUGUCGUAAUAUCCGAGAUUGCCGGAACCGGCACAGCUUCACGAUAGACGAUCUGGCCGGCAAAGAGCUGCCUUCGGUCGGUUCGUUGGUGAAGUUGAAAGUACUGUACGUUUUCUCGCCGGCACACUACAGCGCACGGCUUGAGGCUCAACGCAAUCCGACAGAGAGCGACUGGCAUGUGGUGAAUGAUUACAAAGUCUUCCAGGGACACGAUAUCGCGAUGCAGAUGUACUACGCGAACGAAGAUCGCCACGAAACGCACGGGGCGGUAGCGAUUCACGAUCUGUGUGCCGUUUUCUACGACCACAACUACUGGCGCUGUAAGAUUUGCUCCUUCCAGCUGGGCAAAGAUCCCUCCGUUGUGCAUUUGGUGCUGCUACGGAUGAUCGAUAACGGGCGCAUGGUCGAAGUGAAGCCGUCCCUUCUGCUGCACCUACCCGAAGAAUUUCGGAAGAUGCCAGGACAAGCGAUCGACAUACAGAUUGCCGGUCUAACACCAUGCGACGGUGGACAAGACUGGGACAAAAAAGCCACGUUAACAGUGCAGAACUGGGUUACUGAUUAUGCACACCGUGAAACGUUUCACGUAGAGGGCAGAGUGUUGUUGACGCUCAAGGGCAUCAUUUGGGUGGAUGAAAUGCGGCUGGUUGAGCAGCUCGGGAGUCUAAAGACGGCUGUAACAAAGACCAAAUUUAAGGCCAGCAUCAUUUCUAAAAAGUUCGGAGUAGGGAAUGAUGAAUCGUUCCAGAAACUCCAAACUCAUGUCAGUUCCAUCCGUCCACCGUCAAUCGAAGCACCGACCGUUGUGGAAAUCAUUGCUCCAUCUUCAUCGCGACCGGUCGAAAAGCACGAGUUUUCGGCCCUCGAACAAGGGAACUGCUACAACGUGGCUGUCGCGAACUAUUAUGCACCAGACAAUUUUUAUCUCUACCGUUACGAUCAUUUUACCGACGUUUUUAAUGCGAUCGAAAGUUAUACGGCAAACCGAAAUAAUCUAACGCCACUGAGGGACCCUGCCGUCGGGGACUAUUGUCUUGCGUGCGAUGACGAUUCGAAUGAUUUUAAGCGCGCACAAGUUACCAGCGUAUCGGACGAGAGAAUGUAUUUGCUUGAUUUCGGUUGUGAACUACAGUGGAACAAGGAGGACCUGUUCGAGCUGCCGGCUCCUCUUUUACAGUGUGCACCAUUCUGUGCCAUAAAGGCAAAGUUGGCUCAUCUUCACCCGAAGUGGAAUGACUGCUGGACGGAAGAAACAAGCCUCGCCGUGUAUGAUGAAGUAUUGGACAAGUACAGUUCUGCCGGGUCAUUGCAUGCCAUCGUUGUGAGACCGAUGGAAGACCCAAAAUUGACCAUGCCAGGGCAGCACUGCUACGAAGUGCUGCUUACCGAUGAAAGCUCGAACGAUCCGUACUUGAUUAUCACCGAAAUUGUUGCCGAGAAAGGUUUGGCCCGUUAUCACGAGGAUGGCACCAUGCUCGGGGACGAAGGUGAUAACGAUUCACCCUCGAUGCAGUGCAACUUCACGCAGGAAGAACUAAGUGCCUUGCUGAAGCAACUAAUGCAAGACCCAAGUUCGAGCGAAAAACAGGCGACGAAACAGAAGGACUCAGAAUCCAGUAUUUCACCUUCUUCAGUCAGCUCGACCAACAACGUGUCUGCGCUUAAAGCAAAGUCAAGGUUUUACCAACGGUUGCUGGACAAAAAAAAAGGUCGCAACAAAUCACGAUCGAGCGCCGAUCGUCGAAUUAUCCUUCCCCGGCUCCAGUGUGACUACCGGUGUCCGCAAACGGUGUGGAAGCAGGACGACCAGUUCGUCACUCUGCGAGUGUCCGCACCGGACGUUUCACGGUACGAUCUGACCGUUGACAUGGAUUCGCUUUUGCUGCAGUUCAUGGUAAACGACGAUGAUCGCUACCUGUUGGCGGUAAACCUGUUUCAACCGAUUGAUCCACAGCGAACGCACCAUGAAAUCAGAGGACUUACGAUUGUGUUGCGACUCGUAAAACUCAUCCCCGGUAUACGCUGGCACACGCUCCUCAACCACUCUGCAAAGUUGCCGUGGCUUCGCAGCGCCCUGGAAGACAAUGACGGCACCGAAUCCGCUAGCGGAGAAGAGGAAGGACAGGGCCACUGGAACAAUCUGCUUCCGGUAGAGCUUGAUAGUCCGGCGGAUUCGAAUAGCUGGUCGGGAGAAACCGAUGAUAACGAAGGGGAGUUUGACAAUGUGACAGAAGAAGACGUGUUUUUUAAGGUUUAACAAUGACGCGAAACAAACCAAGUUUGAGCUUUCUUCCAUCGACCACAAACAAUCUUCGCACGAACAUAACGACAUUGUACCAUGAACUGCACCUUAACAUAUUUUAUCCAGAGAAAAGCCCGUUUAUACAGCGGCACGUACAGAAAAUAGGUACUUUUUAUUUUCAAAAACUUACAUCGUACAAGAAACUUCUGACUUUCAGUCGGAAUUUGAGGGUGAAGUCCUAUCGCUCGAAAAAGACUGUUGAUGAAAUAAAAAUGU